AUGGAUUCCACUUUCAAUAACGAAGAGGUCGAUGAGACAAUAGGGUGGCCUGUGCCUCCUAGCUCUUUUACCUCAUCUGAAGAUUAUUAUGCAUAUUAUCAUACAGCAACACAUUCCUCUGCCGACGUGACGAGCCUUACGAGUUCGGAGGCCUUUCCAUAUGAUUCCGAAUGGUUCAAUGGCGAGUCCAUUAACCAAAUGCCAGAACCUCCACAGCAAUAUGAAAAUGAUCUGGAUGGUAUGGAUCUGAGAUGGUACGAGACGGAUGAAAAUAUCCCUCAAGACCUAGCAGAUGAUCUAGGCAGUUCGAUUAUCACUCAACGACCAGCGGAAGAUAUAAGGUGUGAGGGCACUGCUCAUCCCCCGGGAGUGUUGGAUCGAACUGCGAUGGGAAUACCAAAUUCCACACCGUUGUCUUUGCAACCUUCGGAAGGUGCCAUAAACCAAGCCUUCAACACCUGGUGGGCUGUCACAUAUAACCAGCCAUGUGGUCACGAUCAAAUCUCACAAGUGGUGCAGACCCUUGAAGCGAUGAUGAUAUUCCUUCGCACAAAGAUUCCCGCGCCUCCCGUUUCAUUAAGCGAGUCUUCCCGACGGGGCAAAAAAAUGUUUCGAUGUUGGCAAUGUGAUCCUAGGAGGGAGAGAACAACGUUUCCAACUUUUGGUACAUUCAAGAGACAUUUGACUGGGCAUGGUAUACUCGACUGCGAGUGGCGUUGUACUGAACCGCGCUGCCGCACGGUCCUCCACCGGCGAGAUAGGAUGCAUGACCAUCUUCUUCGCAAACACAAUAGAUCCGGUCUGCUCCCGGCUGAUGUGGAAGCAACUCGGGUGAGAUAUGCCCCUCCAGCCAACUGUCCCUUUUGCUCCGAGGAGACGUCUUCUUGGUCUGUCUAUUACGAGCACAUCAAGACCCACUGUAUCAUUUCCCCUCAUUCGGCCAAUGUCUCUGCUAGCAGCGACCGGUCUCACCAUGGCGACAAUGGUGGCGGAAACGGUAAUGGUCACGGCCAUGGCCCGUCUUCAGCCGGUCCCAGCAAUUGGCACGGAGAAUCGCAGUAUAGCAGAACAAAUAACAGAACUGGGGGUCCAUCUUAUUCCGGUGCGAGCUUCGGAGGGUUCAUGAGCAGGAGUAAUGCGCAUCCUGAUUCUAUGCCACACUCAGUUUCCGACGAACAGCCCAACAGCAACCGUCGUCAAAGUGCCACUGAUGCCAUUGAACAAAGUUCAAUCGACAACUCGCUUGGCUCAUCUCGUAGGCCUAGGUCUCAUCUCCCCAGAGCUAGCGGGCAGCCCAAAAAUAUACAGCCACCACAGAACCCCAGAUCGUCACAAGCCGACCAUUCGACCAAGCGUAAGCGCUCGGACAAACAGAAAGCACCAACAGAAGAGCAGGCCCCUAGUCCGAACAAAUGCAGAAGAUGUGAUCAUGACAUGGCCGAAUGUCCAAAGUGUAAAUCUGUUCGUAGUUGCCACAGAUGUGGUGACACGCCCAGGAGUGCUAUCCAAGCUGGGCCUUCCUCGAGAGUGCCUGUACAGGCUCUCUCGGAUUCAUCUUCUACCAUCAUCGAUUUGAACGAGUCUUACUUCAACCCUGGGCCAUCGGCAAACUUUGUAAUGCCUCAGAAUAUGCCUACUCAACUGCCUUACUACAACCCCAACGAAAUGGUGCAUUUAUUCGAUCCACGACCAUUUGAAAAUCUGACCAACACGUUCAUGGAUGAUCCACCCCCAUACGAUUAUGUCAUUAGGUCGGCAAUGGAUGUUGGAAGCCACCCACCACUGAGUGAGUUCGACGACAAAAUGCAAGAGUCGGUUAUCUUCGAACGUGAUAUCAAGAUACUUCGCAGCGUUGGACUCAGCACAUCCAUUGACCCGCUCUCCGUCAAAAGACAAACGAUACAACCGAAACCGAAAGCCUCUGGUGGUCCGGCACCAGGCUCAUACACAGACCUUGUUUUCAGAGACAAGGGGUCUUCACCCAAUCUAGACUCCCCCAAACCAAUAUCUACUUGCCAAUGCCCAUGCGUGACCAUCCCAACUGUCGACUACAAAGCCCACGCAAGCCUCAAAUUAUCAGACAACGAAAGAGUCGAGAUGACCUUCAAGAUGUCCCCGGCGCGUGAGUCAAAUCACCCCCUCCGUACGCGAGUGCGAGUCUUCGUGAAGAUUUUUAGUCUUCGCGCAUCGGCAGCAAAGGCAAACACCAAGAAGCAGAGGAACCAUUCUAUCACCUCUGAAACCCCCUCCGACGACGAUGCCGAGCCCGCCACCAAUUUAGACCAAGAGCUCACUCCCACCUCGCCUUCCGGUUCUGAACUUACGCCGCUCCUCUACUGGACCGAGGACGUGCAAGACUGGGAAUUCAGCUUUGACGUCAAGUCGGCUCUAACAAAACUAGCCCAGUGGACCAGCGGCAUAGACGCCGACAUGUGUCAGAAACUACUCCUUUCUGAUCCUCGACAUAUACUAGACUUGAUUUCUAUGUAUAUUGUGUACAAUUUCAAGAUUUCUUGGUUGUUGAUGGGUCGCAAUGGGUUCAUUCUGUUUCUAAGCAGCACCUUACCACACCUACUCAUACCCCGUUCAUAA